ACCCUACUCACUGCCGGCGAGUGAGGCGCCACUCGGUUGGCUGAGAGCGGCGAGUGGGCCGGAGGAGGGAGGGAGGAAGGAAGAGCGGCGGAUCGGGCCAGGCCCACUCCGCGGCCACAUAGAAAGCGGAAAGCGGAAAGCCCGGGCUCCGGCUCCAGCUUCUCUCGCUCGUCUUUGGGAGUGAUUAUGGUUGUUGUGCGUGUCUCCCUCCAAGGGUGUGUGUGUGAGAGAGAGACGUUGUCUGUAUGUGUGAGUACGUCUGGGUUUAUUUCCUUGUGAGGGUGUUUGUGUGUGAGUGCCUGCCUACCGUUUCUCUCUGCUCUCUCUCUCUCUCUCUUUAUCUCUAUCGUUCUAUCUCUAUCUCAAUUUCAGUGCGUGAUCUUGCUAUCGCAUCGGAUAAGAUUGAACUUAUUUUAUGUCGACAGGGUUACACUGGUCAGAGUUUGGCAGCGAGACUUAUGGAUGCCCCAUUGUUCUGGCUGGUCGACAGAAGGCAUCGCUGAACUAGACUGGUUAUUACUGCUCAAUAUUAGGCAUCACCGGCCAACAACAGUGCUGUUGGUUAACAUCAGUUUCUGCUGGUCAAUAACGGGCAUCACUCAUCUACGUUGCUUACUGCUGGUCAAUUGGAUACCACCAAUCAAUAGUACGCGCGACCGACCACAUUGAGUGGUGGUCAGCUGAUCACCAUGAGGAGCCGAAGUAACUCUGGCGUCCGGCUGGAUGGGUAUGCGAGGUUGGUGCAGAGGACCAUCCUGUGCCAUCAGAACCCAGUCACGGGACUGUUGCCAGCGAGUGUGGAUCAGAAGGAUGCCUGGGUGAGAGACAACGUGUACAGCAUUCUGGCUAUCUGGGGCCUGGGAUUAGCCUACCGCAAGAAUGCUGACCGAGAUGAAGAUAAGGCCAAAGCUUAUGAACUCGAGCAGAGUGUUGUGAAGUUAAUGAGGGGGCUCCUCCAAUGCAUGAUAAGACAGGUGGAGAAAGUUGAAAAGUUUAAACAGAGCCAGAGCACGAAGGACUCUCUCCAUGCCAAGUACAAUACAGCCACGUGUGCGACAGUGGUCGGUGACAAUGAAUGGGGCCACCUUCAAGUGGACGCUACCUCCCUCUACCUGCUCUUUCUGGCACAGAUGACUGCAUCGGGGUUACGCAUCAUUUUCACCUUGGAUGAAGUGUCGUUUAUACAGAAUCUUGUAUUUUACAUUGAGGCUGCUUACAAAGUUGCUGAUUAUGGCAUGUGGGAGCGAGGAGAUAAAAUGAACCAGGGAAUAGCGGAGUUGAAUGCAAGCUCUGUGGGCAUGGCCAAGGCAGCUCUGGAGGCAAUCGAUGAGCUGGAUUUGUUUGGAGCCUGUGGAGGCCCAAGAUCAGUCAUCCAUGUUCUUCCGGAUGAGGUACAACAUUGCCAGUCCAUUCUUCUUUCUAUGCUACCCAGAGCGUCUACAUCAAAAGAGAUUGAUGCUGGGCUGCUUUCAAUUAUUUCCUACCCUGCCUUUGCUGUGGAAGACAUUGAUCUGGUGAAUGUGACAAAGAAUGAAAUCAUUACCAAGCUGCAAGGACGAUAUGGCUGCUGUCGAUUUCUAAGAGAUGGAUACAAAACUCCAAGAGAGGUUGAAGAGUACAAAGAAGCCCUGGAAGAAACUCUUAUAAGGGAACAGAAUGGCAUACGGCUAAUACCAGAACUGUACGCUGUUCCUGCUGAAAAGGUGGAUGAGGAAUACAAGAACCCACAUUCUGUGGACAGAAUUGCAAAAGGAAAAUUGCCUCAUAUGUGGGGACAAUCUUUGUAUAUCCUUGGGAAUCUCCUCUCUGAGGGAUUUCUAGCUCCUGGAGAAAUUGAUCCGUUAAAUCGAAGACUUUCUACCAUUAGCAGGCCUGAUGUUGUUGUCCAAGUGUCAAUAUUGGCUGAAUCUGAAAAGAUUAAGAACAUUCUGGCAAAGCAUGGUUUACAAGUUGAGACUGUUUCUGAUGUUUUUCCAAUCAAAGUGCAGCCAGGAAGAAUCUUGAGCCACAUAUAUGCAAAGUUGGGAUGCAACAAGAAAUUGAAUCUUAGUGGCCGCCCAUAUAGACAUAUUGGCGUUCUUGGUACCUCGAAGUUGUACGUGAUCAGAAACCAGACCUUCUCGUUUACUCCACAGUUUAUUGAUCUGCACCAAUUUUACUUGGCCUUGGACAACCGCAUGAUUGUGGAAAUGCUCAGGACCGACCUCGCCUACCUCUUCUGCACCUGGAAGAUGACAGGCCGUCCAAUGGUCACCUUUCCGAUCACUAAAACCAUGCUGACCGAGGACGGAACAGACAUUGACUCCAACAUUCUUUGCACCCUGCGAAAGCUGCACGAUGGUUAUUUUGGAGGGGCCAGGAUAAAAACCGGGAAACUGUCGGAAUUUCUGAUUACCUCAUGCUACACACAUCUGAGUUUCAUGGAUCCAGGACCUGAUGGUUUCCUUUUGGAUGAUUAUUUCAGUGAAGGCAGUUUCACUCCUACAACAGAGGCGGCAGAGUCUGUAUCUGUACAUGAUUCAUGCUACAGAAAUGAUGUUGACAAUGAAGAUGAGCUCAUGCAGUACAUAAAUCACUUGCUACAAAGUACAACACCUGUAUCGAAGCGACUUCCUCCAACUUCCUGGAAACCAGGAAUGCAUCACAUGUUUGAGGCUGAGCACACAACGAAGGACGUGAUCAAGAUGGUGGCCAAAGCAACAGGACUGGAAUUACCAAGUUGCUCCAUGUAUCUGCCCAUGAAAGUUCCAGUUACUCAUCGGAAGACUCUGAAUUUGCUGGAAGUUCCAAAUUCACAGAUGGUGAAGAUGGAUCAUCAUGUGGAUCUUAGCUUGCCCAAGGAUGCCCAUGGGGAUAUUGACUUUGCUUUAUUGGUUGAACAGUUGAAAGAAUGCAGCACACUACAAGACCAGGCAGAUAUACUCUAUAUCCUGCAUGUCAUUAAGGGUCCAGAUUGGGACACAAAUAUCGGGGGACAGAAUGGUGCCACAGUACGAAGCCUCUUGACUGAGUUGUACAAUAAAGCCGGCCAAAACCGUGAGUGGGGACUGAUCCGCUACAUUUCAGGCAUGUUGAGGAAGAGGAUUGAAGUCCUUGCUGAGGCUUGCACAGACCUCCUGUCGCAUCAGAAGCAGCUAACAGUUGGCCUUCCCCCAGAACCGCGUGAGAGGAUCAUCACAGCCCCUCUACCCCCUGAUGAACUGGCUGAACUUAUUUAUGAAGCAAGUGGUCAAGAUAUCAGCUUAGCAGUUCUGACCCAGGAAAUCAUGGUCUACCUCGCAAUGUACGUAAGGACACAACCCUCUCUCUUUGCUGAAAUGCUCAGGCUGAGAAUUGGACUCAUCAUUCAGGUGAUGGCUACAGAGCUUGCUUACAGUCUCUGUUGUUCAGGGGAAGAAGCUUCUGAGAAUUUGAUGAAUCUGUGCCCUUUUGACAUGAAGAAACUCCUGCAUCACAUUCUAAGUGGAAAAGAGUUUGGUGUGGAAAAAAGUGUCCGACCAGUGGAUUCUAUUGGCAUGAGUCCUGCUAUUUCCAUCCAUGAAGUUGGCCACACAGGAGCAACAAAAACCGAGAGGGCAGGCAUCAAUAAGCUAAAGAGUGAAAUGAAACAGAACACUGUCAUGACGUGCUGGAACAGAUGGCCGCAGCGCGGCAUUUCGUUGUUUUCUUGAACACAACCUCCCCACACAACCUAACAAUUUCAGAACAGACAGCAACGAGACUGAAGCCAGAAGAGUUAGAAAUGUACUCACCAAAUACUUUGACCCAUGACUUACUGAAUAAAUAAGUAUACUCACUUUGCCCUGUUUUCUGUCCUUGCUUGUAUGAAGGUGGUUUACCUAUUUAUGCAAGUAAUUCUCUGACAAUAGAUGUGUAACAGCCUAAUGUAACAUUGUAUGGAAAUACAAGAUAACACUGAUGCAGACGUUUUAUACAUUUAACAAGGUGCUUUAUUACUGCAACAGAGUUGGUCAGUUUUUCAAUGUUCGUCGUCAGCUGGGUCAUACUGUCCGUGAACUCCCUGUCGGUUGCCUCCAUACGCUCCAGUAUUUGUUUUUUUUAGUUUUAAGUCCUCCUGCGUGAGAACCAAGAGCAAUUCCUUUUAAGUUUUUCUACU